AUGGACGACCGAGACCUCCCGCCCGAGUAUUUGGGUCGCUACAGCGGUGCCACUUCUCGCAUCCCGGAGCUCGCACCCACCGAUGUCCCCAAAACACCCAUUGCACCCAUUGCACCCGCCCCUGCGUCCCCCGCAGGGGGACCACAGAAGGACCUGCUCACAACGACACCAUGGUAUGACCCUCGGGGCUGGUCACUUCGCAAGAAAUUAGUGGUUGGUGCGCUCGUCGUCGUGGUCAUCAUCGUUACAAUCGUGGGUGCCGUGGAGGGCGUGCGGGCAAAUCGAUAUCCCGACUACACUCCCUUGAACUACAAGUUGGUGGACACGUACCAAGGGACAUCAUUCUUUGACAACUUUGAAUAUUUCUCAGACCAAGACCCGACCAAUGGGUUUGUGGUAUAUGUCAAUGAAGAGGCCGCCCAGAAUCUCAACCUUACAUUCGCUACGGAUACAUCCGCAGUACUCCGAGUUGACUCCUCGACCCCGAAUGCGCCGGCUGGCCGCAACUCGGUGCGGAUCGAGUCCAAAUCCACUUACGAUACGGGGCUUUUUAUUUUUGAUAUUCUCCAUUCCCCAUAUGGUUGUGGCACAUGGCCCGCCCUGUGGCUAACCGACGGUUCCAACUGGCCUGAGAAUGGGGAGAUCGAUGUGGUUGAAUCCACCAACGUGGGCACGGAAGGCAACGAGGUCACCCUGCACACGACAGCAGGAUGUUCUAUGAAUGUCAAGCGCAAGGAAACCGGUUCAGCCCGGUAUAAAACGUGCGACAAUAGUACCAAUAGCAACUCUGGCUGUGGUGUGCAAGGCGAUCCAUCUACAUAUGGCCAAGCACUGAAUGACCAGGGCGGCGGAGUUUAUGCGCUCGAGCUUCGUGAUGCUGGCAUCCGUGCGUGGUUCUUUCCGCGAGACUCCAUUCCAGCCGAUAUCACCACCUCGACCGGAGUGCCUGACCCAUCCACCUGGGGUACCGCCCUGGCCGACUUUCCCAGCACGGAAUGCAAUAUCGCAUCGCACUUCCGCAAUCAGAGUAUUAUUGCCAACAUUGAUCUCUGUGGGGAGCUGGCGGGUCAACCCCGGCUCUAUGAACAGAUGUAUAGCUGCCCAGGCACCUGCUCCGACUUCGUGGCCAAUAACCCGGCUAGCUUUGAGAAUGCGUAUUGGGAGUUUAAAAGCUUCAAAGUCUACCAGGCAAUCUAA